CAUUUAGAUAUCAGCCAGGCACAAGUUGUGUGAGUUUAAACUAAGGGGUUGCUUUACCAAGUUACAUAUUUUAUUUGAUUUCACUUGAGAACAUAAACUCGCUAAGCUGAGUAUAGACAGAAGUCAGCAGCAGGCAGGUUGAAGUGAUUUUAUUAAAAGUACAAGUAGUACAUGGGUUAGGGAUAACACGUAUUAUUUUAUAUUAUGGUUUAAGGUGGUUGGAUAUAAUAUAAGAUAUAAAUACAUAAAUUACAGUAUCCCCCACCCGCUCGCUUUAUUUUAUGUGCAGUUCACGUUAUUGUAUUUGCAGCCCUAUGAUGAUUAUGAAUUCCCAGUUAUACACAGGAGAGGUUAUGUAUGUACUAGUUUAUAUCUCGUAGUGCGCAUGUGUCAUACGAGUCACUACUGGCACGGCUGCUUUAGAUGACUCCGUUCAAAUUACAUCACCGACUUCAGCAGAGUUACGACGUCUCUUUCAAAACAUAUCGGAGAGCUUGUUACAAGUUUUCCAGGAAGCGAAAUAAGUGAAGAACACAGAAACAGUGAACUGUGAAUGUCUUCAGUGAAAACAUUUGAAUUUGGGGCACCUAAUUAAAAACCGGAAAAAAACAAAACAAAACAAAAAAAAAAAACACAUUUUAUAGCUACAGUAGCAAUGGCUUUCCUGACAACUCUGUCCAGAGAAACUUGGGCUCUGAUUUUUGCCUUUUUAAUUUUGCUGAUGGUUUACAUCAUUGCUCCUUAUAACUUCUUUAGGAGACUGGGAAUUCCAGGACCCAGACCAUGGCCGUUUAUCGGAACUUUAUUGGAAUACAGGAAGGGCUUUUUCUCUUUCGACACAGAGUGCUUCCAGCGAUACGGGAAAAUCUGGGGCUGCUAUGAAGGCAGGCAGCCUGUUUUAGCAGUCAUGGACGUGGGGAUCAUUAAGACCAUACUGGUGAAGGAAUGCUACUCCAUCUUCACAAACCGAAGGAACUUCCGCGUCAGUGGUCCCAUGAAUGAGGCACUGACGGUGGUGGAGGAUGAGAAGUGGAGACGAAUCCGCUCAGUGUUGUCCCCCACCUUCACCAGCGGCCGGCUGAGGGAGAUGUUUCCCAUCAUCAAGCACCACGGGGCUGUGCUGGUGCAGAACCUGGGGCAGAAGGCAGAGGCCAGCCAGGUCGUGGAUAUGAAGCAGAUCUUUGGUGCGUACAGUAUAGAUGUUAUCACCAGCACCUCCUUUAGCGUCAACAUCGACUCUCUCAACAACCCCCAGGACCCCUUCUUCACAAACAUAAAAAAGCUGCUCAAUUUCAGCCUGUUCAACCCUUUACUCAUCCUUUUAAUACUGUUUCCCUUUCUCACCCCUUUGAUGGAGAAACUGGACAUCAGCUUCUUCCCUAGGGACCUGGCUGACUUCUUCAUAGGAUCCAUCAGGAAGAUAAAGGAAAACCGCCAGAAGAACGUUCAUGGCAGUCAUCGUGUGGACUUCCUGCAGCUCAUGGUAGAUUCCCAGGUUUCUGAGGGAGCUUCUGACCCCCAAGAUCACGAUGAGCAGCAGCAGCCCCACAAGGCUCUGACUGACAGCGAGAUCCUUGCUCAGGCCAUGGUCUUCAUCAUGGCUGGCUACGAAACUACCAGCAACUCUCUUUCCUUUGUGGCGUACAACCUGGCCACCUGCCCCAAGUGCUUGCACCGUCUGCAUCAGGAGAUAGACCAGAUCCUGCCGGACAGGGCCCCUGUCACCUACGAGGCUCUGCAACGCAUGGACUACCUGGAUAUGGUGCUCAAUGAGUCCCUUCGGCUCUACCCUCCAGCGGGCAGGCUUGAGAGAGUGUGUAAAAAAACCAUUGAGAUCAAUGGGGUGACCAUCCCCCAGGGCACCAUCGUCAAUGUGCCAGUGUUCGCCCUACACCGGGACCCCGACUUGUGGCCCGAGCCAGAGCAGUUUAAACCUGAGAGGUUCAGCAAAGAAAACAAAGAGCGCCUGGAACCUUACUCCUACCUGCCUUUCGGAGCCGGACCCCGCAACUGCAUCGGGAUGAGAUUCGCUGUGCUCUCCAUGAAGACGGCUUUGGUUCAGAUUCUACAGGAAUCCACCUUGUCCCCCUGCAGUGAGACACAGAUCCCUCCUGAGCUGUCAAUCACUGGACUGCUGCAGACCAAGAAGCCCAUCGUACUGAGGGUCACCCCCCGAGCCACUGCUCAUCAUGAGGAAGGAAUGUGAGAGCCCGUAACUUAGCAACCAUCUUCGAGCGGGCUCAACAGAUGCUUUGCCAUCAUGUGAAAUUAGGAAUGUAAGUAGCAGGUUAGCAUUUUUUUUUAAAUACACAAUUUUAAUUAUGUAAUAUCUGUUAACAUUUCAGUUGUAGUCUGCUUUAAUUUCUUUACUGCAAAUAAAGUUUGUGAAAUAUU